UGAAGUUCAACGUCAACUAGAAGUGAGCCAUCAGAGAAAAAUUAUUUUACUUGCGGAAACGCGUGUUUUAAUUUCGUAAUUGUUUUUUAAAAUAAUUACAUUUUAAUAAUUAAAACAAUAAGUUAUUGACAGAAAUGGCGGAGGAAAGUGCUCAAAAAUCCGAUUUCGCAGCAAAAUUUUCUACACUUAAUGUUAACGCAAUGGAAUUUAUACCUAGCUUCAUGAAUUCCCCUAACACCAACUCAGCUAAUAGUUUUAGCAUAGAUAAAGAAAGUCCAGCAAUAGAAAAAAAUGAAUGUGAAAAUAUAGAAACAAAUAUAACCUUGGAUCCAGCUCCCCUAUCCAAAAACGAAAAUAUUGAAGACAAUCUACCACAGAUACAAAACGACCCUGUCGACAGCUGGGACGUGGAAGAUGAACCAGUACUCACACCCGAAGAUGAUGAUUUAGAUGAAAAUGAUGAUGAUAUGUUCGGUGAAGAAACUGAACCUAAGCCGACCAAGAAAAAAUUACCAAAAAUUGAGGAUACGAAAAGUAAAAAGGAACAUGUUAAUGUAGUUUUUAUUGGGCAUGUCGAUGCCGGUAAAUCUACUAUUGGAGGUCAAAUAAUGUCAUUAACUGGAAUGGUGGACAAAAGAACAUUAGAAAAGUAUGAACGUGAAGCUAGAGAAAAAUCGCGUGAAAGUUGGUACUUAUCAUGGGCUUUAGACACUAAUCAGGAAGAAAGGGAUAAGGGGAAAACGGUUGAAGUAGGAAGAGCAUUCUUUGAAACUGAGCGAAAACAUUUCACGAUUUUGGAUGCUCCAGGUCAUAAAAGUUUUGUUCCAAAUAUGAUCGGUGGUGCUGCUCAAGCUGAUUUAGCAGUUUUAGUAAUUUCGGCGCGUAAAGGAGAAUUUGAAACUGGUUUUGACCGAGGGGGGCAAACACGAGAACAUGCUAUGCUAGCGAAAACUGCCGGAGUAAAACAUUUAGUCGUAUUGGUUAAUAAAAUGGAUGAUCCAACCGUUAAUUGGGAUGAAAGUCGUUACAAUGAAUGCCGAGAUAAAAUUUUACCGUAUUUGAAAAAACUAGGUUUUAAUCCAGCUAAAGAUUUAACUUUUAUGCCAUGUUCUGGCCUUACUGGUGCAGGUUUAAAGGAACCAAUUGAAGAGAAUUUAUGUCCUUGGUACAGAGGGCCUGCUUUUAUACCUUUUAUCGAUGAAUUGCCUUCAUUAAAUCGAAAAUUAGAUGGACCUUUUAUAAUGCCUAUUGUCGAUAAAUAUAAAGAUAUGGGUACGGUAGUUAUGGGUAAGGUCGAGUCAGGAUGUGCAAAAAAAGGUCAAAAUCUUCUAGUAAUGCCGAACAGAACUCAGGUCGCUGUAGAUCAACUGUGGUCGGAUGAUGAUGAAGUAACAGCAGUAGGGCCAGGUGAAAAUGUUAAAAUUAAAUUAAAGGGAAUUGAAGAAGAGGAUGUUUCACCUGGAUUUGUCCUUUGCGAUGCAUCAAAUCCAAUUAAAACUGGCAAAAUAUUCGACGCACAGGUUGUGAUCUUAGAGCAUAAAUCAAUUAUAUGUGCUGGAUAUUCUGCGGUAAUGCAUAUUCAUUGUGCAGCUGAAGAAAUUACUGUUAAGGCUCUUAUUUGUUUGGUUGAUAAGAAGACUGGAGAUAAAUCAAAAACACGUCCACGUUUCGUUAAACAAGACCAAGUUGCAAUAAUGAGAAUUGAAUGCUCUGGUAUGAUAUGUUUAGAGCAAUUUAAAUUAUUUCCACAAAUGGGACGAUUUACGCUGCGAGAUGAAAAUAAAACUAUUGCAAUCGGUAAAGUUUUAAAAGUAAUUGAAUAAUUUUGCAAAUGUAAAACUAAAAAUUUUAUUAAAUGUUAAAUUAUAUGUAUAUAAAUAUGAAUGCAUGAUAUCUAUAUAUAUUUUACUAUAUAAUUAUAAUUAUUCCUUUAAAUAUACUAUUUUGUACAUAUAUAUCAUGCAUACAUAUGAUAUGCAUUUAUUGCAAGAUGGACGUUUUGAAAACUGCAACAUUAAUCGAGCUUGCUGCAGAUAUGUGCGUUAUUAUUAUAUGAAAUAAAAAAAUAGCUUACAAUUUUGUAUUCUUAAGUUUUUCAAAAAAAAAAAAAAGAAAAAGAAAAAAGAUUCCAAUAUAUCAAAAACAAAAAAAAAAAAUAAUUUCAUUUUGAAUUAAUUAUUUAUAAAAAUUCUGUUAUUGACAUUUUUUAUAAUAUAUUAUAUAAGAACCUAAGAAGUGUUUAAAUUUUUUUCUGUUCAAUAAAACA